AUGAUUCAUCAGCUGGUCGACAUAUGGACACAUUUAGUUCCCAAUGAACCUGAAAUUCCACUUGAUUUGAGCUCUGAGACUGCCCCAGAGGCGGAAACCUCGGACCGUCGUACUAUUUCGAUUUCUAUUGCCGAAGAGCAAACGUCUGAAAUGGAUGGAAUGGAGCUUCCAUUGGUUCCAAACAUGCCGAUAGCAGCUGAGCAGCUCCAAAGCAAUCAGUUCUACGUCUGGCGUGAUUGGAAAAUGAUUUGGGUGCGUGAUCUGCUGUCCAUGUUUACUCUGGGUUCAUUCGUCAUCGUUCUGCUCCAUCCGGCUGAUGGUGGUUUGCGCGCUCUAGCCAUACACGGUGGCUGUUCCAGAGACCCCACACCGGUGAUGUUAUCCCCUGGUGAACCAGCUGUACCGCGUCCCGGUCUGAGGUCCCAUAUGUUGCGAUUGCACCAACAUUUAGUCGAGGCCAGUGAUCACCUAGAGAAAAAGCAGCUCUGGCCGGAUUCCCCGAAACGUCAAGAAACGAACCAGGAACAAAAUCAAUCCCAACCGGAAGCGGAAAGUUCGGUUUCAAACAAUCAUCCACGACUUCCACCCCGCUCAUCGCAUGGAAAAUUUGAGAUUAAUAAGGCCAAUUGGCGCCGUGUUGGUUUACAUCUCGGUUUGCGACGUCCACCAAAGCCCACACAAGCUCCGAAAAAUCCAAUGAUUAGUCCGAAUGCCAAAGCUGCUCUCCAGCGUCAAGCUUCGUCCCCUGCACGAACCUGUAUACCGCAGGGUCGGUUGCCGUUGGGAACUGCCGACAAACCGACUGCUCUGGGAAAGCCGACUAAUGUUGUAACUAUCGGCCCGUUGGUUUGCAGCUUGCGUGAAAGCACACGUGGUUCUCGUCUCUGCAUUCAAGCCCGAUCAUUAUCAGACUCAGCAGGCCGUCACAGUGAAGCAAACUCUUCGUUUAAAGAAGCGUUACUGUUUUUUGAGGAUCAUGAUCAAGGUUUCUGUCGUGUGCGCAUAUCUUCAGUUUAUCCGGAAGGUUCAACCACUGAAGUUUCGGAAAUAACCGUUGCCGAAUCCGAACAGACAGAAGGUGUGGCAACAACGGAGAAGAAGGAUGCGGCCUCCAGUUCCUCACCGACUUCACCUGAACAGCACGGUCGACCUCGGCGACGUCAUUCAGCCAGCCUCCUCACGUUCCUUUCGAAAGCGGAUCCUGAACAGCAGUCUGAAGCAGAACCCUCUUCGACGGAAUCGUCCGAGUAUGAUGCGGAAGCACCGGAACUGUUCGAUUUUGACGCAUUGUUUGGGCUGGAAUCCGAUCAAACAUAUGUUCUUCAAGGAGGGGAUGGCGACGAUAAUAAUGGAGAAUUGGUGUUAACCAAGGGUGUCAAACCCCCGGAAGUAAACAAAGAGUUGGGGCGCAUUAAUGAAAUCUUGUUUCCCCGAGAACUGGUUUACGAGACGUACACUUCGGGCUUCAUCAAUAAUUGGCUUUGUAUUGAUGAUGAUUGUUUAGCGACAGAAAACAAAGACAGACAAGAACGCGCAUUCAAGCAGCUGACUGACAUCCGAAAACAGGGACUUAAAUUGAGUAAAAAGUUGUUGGAGAUCUUGUCAGACAAGGCCACAACUAAUGGUGUCAAGACCGCCAGUGGUCAUUUUCACACGGAGCUUCGCACGGUACGGUCGAUUGCCUCAACUAUAUGGGCGGCAUAUAAAUCCGACUCAUCUGGUGAUUGUGAGCGCACACUGAGCAGUUUAUCGGCAGCAUUUAAACGUUUGGCUGACUUGCUGCUUUCCGGUGAGCAAGCUAUCACUGCCUACGAGUUGACAAUCAGUGGUCUGGUCCCAGCCCUAUUACUCUGCUUGUCAGCCAGCAACGCUGGUCGUUGGGCAUGCCCGAAUCGUCCAAUCGGACCAGACAUCACAUCCACAUUGCUAUGGUAUCUGCAUGAACGCAGGCGUGUCUUCCUGCAUCACAUGUCACCUCGAACCGGUUCUCCUGCCCUGGGUCGUUUAAGUCGGCGCGUUGUGCACGCUUUUGAGCUGACCGAACAUUUGCCCAUGCGACUGUUUGCCCUUUCACAUUAUUUCUCCCCAUCUUCGGCAGAAGGUCCCUCUUCGAACGCUAGCCAUUUGGCUCUGGUCGGAUCAUCAGAUAUACCGUCUACCCCAUUGAACGCAACUCAUAACAAUUAUGAUCAGCCAGCACACUCAGCAAAUCAGCACUCUCUUGUGGCCUCUCUUCCACUUGGCCUCAUACGUGCAGCACAAGCCAAUUCAUCCAGCUCAGCCGGUAAUGAUAAUAAUAGUAGUGGUGUGUCAAAAGCUCCUACUGAGACGCAACAGUUUGCCGACUGUUUGGAUGCGACUGAAUUGCGUGCUCUUUUCACUUUCUGUCCCUCUUUGGUUUGCCGUUCGGAUGAGGAGUAUGUGGUGCCCGGUAUGCAUCAGAUUGACUCACGAAUCGCAGUCGAGUUGAUCCGGUUAGAUGACACAUCGACAGAAGCGACUGAGAAUUCGACAAACCCGCCCGAUCCACCGGUGUUGAAAGACUGGAGCAAUUGCACAGUGCAAGUCAAUCCGAUGGUCACCGCAGGUCAAUUGGAACGUUUUCUAAUCCAGAUGUCUACCAGACAGUGGUACAAUAAACCGCGUACUGAGCUGGCUUAUUGGGACCAACUGGUCAAAGCUACCAAAGAUAAUGGCCCUGGGAUCACAUUUACACCACCAGUGAAUGGGAUCAGUUCUAUUGACUCCGUCGGUGGGGUAAUUGACUGGUUGGCUACAGACGGAAACACGCGUCCUAUCGAACAGUGGGCGAAUCCAGCCUUGAUAGGUUUGGUUACUGUGGCCGCUUCUGUGAGUAAUCUGAUCAUGGGAACUGCAUCUUCAGUCCUGGGUCCUCGCUCGGGCACAUUGGUCGGAGGCUAUCCAGUCCGAUGUGCUGGGGUCGGUGGGGUGACACGGCCGGCUCGAGUAAGCGAUGUGAAUGGUCCAGUUGCUGUACGGACGGGCUGUGGCAAAUCGAAAUUCGGCAUCCAUUCCGGUAAAUCAAACAGCAUCCCGGAAGAAACCCAUGCCUGGUUUGCAGUGGAUUUAGGCCUCCAACUGAUCCCGACCGCUUAUAGCAUGGCCUAUUUACGAGAAGCCGAGGAUUUCAACGUCCCGAUAGCACCACGAAAUUGGAAUUUAGAAGUGAGUGACUCCUACUAA